AUGCCUAUUACGAGGGGCCAAAGCGAGUCAAAUUCGGAGGAAUCACAAGCUACUGGGGGCGAAAAUCAAAGUGAAACACCAAUGGGUCGUGUCACAGUCGUGCAAAAACAGUUGGAAACCAGUUUUAAAGUUGCUCUGCACUUGGACAGUCAAACUGAAACGAUUUUAGAAUCUAGAAACGAAAGAAAACUGCAACGACACAAGGGAAAUUUGGAAGAAAAACUGAAUAAAUUACAUGGCUUGGUAUCAGCUAUGAUAGAACUAAAGUUUGAGCAAGGGUUGGAUCUUGAGGCGGUUGAUGAAUGGGCAACUGAACCAAAUAAGGUUAUCGAAGGUUAUGAACACUCUUUGGAGGCUGUGGAAGGUCUUCUACAAAAGAUGGACGAUGAUAAGGAAGCCAGGAAGAGACAUGACAUUGAAGCUCGAGAAGAAGAGAAACGGAUGAGAAUUCGACAAGAGGAAGAAAUACGACUGCAACGUUGGAAAGAGGAACAAAACACUGCAAGGUUACCUAAGUUGGAGAUAAGUAAAUUUAAGGGAGAUUCACUAGAUUGGAACAGGUUUUGGGAACAAUUUGAGUCAGAAAUUGACAAUACCUCUAAGCCGGCUGUAACUAAAUUUGCAUACUUGCGAGAACUACUGGGUGAACGACCAAAAACUGAAAUACUAGGACUUCCGUACACUGAGGAUGGAUACAAGAAAGCCAAAGAAGUUCUCAAGGCUAAGUAUGGGGUUAUAUCAGAGAUCAUUCAAGCUCAUGGUAAGCAAAUUAUGAAUUACCAGUGAUAACAUCAGUUAACUUAAGACAAAUUCAUGAGUUUUAUAGAUUGCGUGAACUCAUUGCGAACUCUGGGAAAACUAGAUACUGCCGAGAUCUUAGUCAGAGAAACUCUAGACAAGUUGGGCCCCAUAAAGGCAGAUCUGACCCGAACUGACUCAAAAUGGCAAGAGUGGGGGUUUGAUGACCUAUUGACAGCUUUACGAGAUUUUACUCUGAGAAACCCAGAUAAUGCAGGUUGCAUUGGGGACGAUAAAAAUGGACGGAGACCUCCAAGGGGGGAGAAACAAUUCCAAGGGACUGAGAACAGGGGACCCAAGUGUGUAUACUGUAAUUCUACUAACCACAGAUGUAGUGAUUGUGAUAAAGCGAAAGAUGUGAGUGAGAGGAGAGAAAUUCUACGAAAGAACAAAUUUUGUUACAAUUGUACGGGCAAAGGACAUUGGGCGGCAAGUUGCAAGAGUAGAAAUUGUAGGAAAUGCAGUGGCAAGAACCAUACAUCUAUUUGUUCUUUAAAAGAAGAGCCUCCUUCCCAUUACAUGAUUGGUGCGUCCAAGCGAACCAUACACCCAACCAUUGUUGUUGUAGCGGGCGGGGAGAAAUUCAGAGCAAUGCUUGACACUGGCUGACAGUUCAUUUGUCUCAUCAACAGUCAUUAAACACUUAGGAAUUAGACCAACCAAGUGGGAAAACAAAAGCAUUGAAACAAUCGACUGACACUGUCAAUCAAAAGAUGCCUUGCUACAAGGUUACGCUGAAGUCCACAGAUGGUAGUCAGAGUUUAGAUUUCAAAGUGAAUAAGUUAGACCGGACAGUGUUGACAACCCUUACCAACCCCGGUAUCCAUGGGUUAAAGGAAGCACACCCCCAUCUGAAGGGAAUCCAAUUGGACAAUGAAGACGGCCGACCUAGUCACCCAAUACAUUUGAUCCUGGGGGCGGGGUGUCUUGCGAGAAUCAAGACUAGUGAGUGUAGAAUUGGUAGUAUGACCGAGCCGGUUGCCGAAAAGACUACUUUGGGUGGACACUCAUGGGACAGGGGGAGGAGGACUCGAGUCAUCUCUAUUUUACCAGAACAUCUCAAGACGACUAUAAACAGCUCUGAAGCCUGGAUGGAGUUGGGUUACAGGAUGGUCCUGUAGGCGAUCCAGAUGCUGUCCUCACCGAAUUUAACGAGCAACUCACACAACAUCCAGAUGGUAGGUACUCCACACGACUUCCUUGGAAAGCUGGGUAUCCACCUCUACCAACCAAUGAACUACCAAAUAAGGUGAGGUUAGAAGGAUUGAUCAAAAAACAUGAGAGGAAACCCGAAGUUAUGGCGCAGUACCAUGGCAUAAUAGAAGAGCAGAUGAAGCAAGGAAUUGUUGAACAGGCUCCUGAGCAACCUACAGGGGAGAGAAAGUUUUAUCUGCCACAUAAACCAGUUAUUAAAGAGUCGGCUGAGACCACUUGAGUUCGGAUCGUUUUUGAUGCGUCGGCGAAAGAGAGUUCAAAUGUACCAUCCCUGAAUGAAUGCCUCCAUAAGGGACCACCACUACAGCCAUUACUUCACAAUCUGCUUGUUAGAAAUCGGUUGAAACCAAUCGGACUGACAGCAUAUAUUAAGCAAGCAUUCCAUCAGAUCUGGGUGGACCAGAAGAUCGAGACGUACUGCGUUUUAUCUGGAUUAAAGAUUUAGAGACGGAGCAACUUGUUACACUUUGACAGACGAGAGUUCCAUUUGGAAGUGUAUCAAGCCCAUUCUUACUUGGGGGAACACUUAAUAGACAUCUUGAGAAUUGCCAAAAAGAUUAUCCGGACACAGUGGAGGAGCUUAAAAAUAGCACACAUGUGGACGAUGUGAUUUCUGGAGGUGAAACUAUCAAGCAAGUGCAAAAGUUCAAGGAAGAGUCUGUUGAACGAUUUAGCCAAGGAGGAUUCCCAUUACACAAGUGGCACUCAAGUGACCCUCGGUUUGAGGAACAGCAACCAGCGGAUGAAGAUCAAACAUAUGCAAAGGAGGAGUUGGGUACAAAACCAGCCGAAACAAAGAUUCUCGGGAUGAAGUGGGACAAAGCGAAAGACACAUUAGCAAUUGACUUUCGUGGGUGCAAGCAGACCGGAGAGGGUACGAAGCAGUGCCUUUUUUAAGGAAUUUUCACUGGGGGGGGGGCCAAAACAGGAAAAAAGGCAGAACGAAAAAUAUGAGUCGUCGAGGUUUGGCGAACGCGCGAGUCUGAAGAGAGAUUUUGUAAAACUUUAAUUUAUUAACUUCAGCUAUAUUUUACUUUAAACAAUAACUUUUUGUAGCUAUAAUCGUACAGCUAUAACCAGUGGCGUAGCCAAACUUUAAUUUUGCGGGGGGGGGGGGCGAACCUCACGCCGAAGGUGUGAGACCGUCUAGGAGGGUCCGGGGUCCGGAAAAUUUUGAAACCUAGGGUCCCUGAAUUGCGAUUUCAUGCAUUUUGGGGGUGAAAUCUAGCAGAAUUCCGAAGAUUAUAAAGUACAUCGAAGACAUGAAUUUUUCCAGACAUUUCUACUUGGAAUUAAAUAAAUUGGAAAAGUCACCUUGAAAAAUAGGAGGAGGGGUCAGUGUCACCUUAUUUCCUCUCUGUGAUGCUGGGGGGGGGGGGAAUCCCAAUGUGCUUUUGAUCAGAAAUGUUGCAUUUAAAUCAUUUUAGGUUCUAUGAGACACCAUUUCCGCAUUCUCAAAAUUGCGUUGCUUUUUCAUACGAUACAGAAUAAGUCUGAGAAGAAAUAUUCAUGCUAUGAUGAUGCAUACAUGUAUUUAACAGUUAAAAAUCUAAACUAAAUCUACUCUUCUUGGAACCAUAUCUACAACUGCUUUAACGAGAUUUCACAAAUCAAGUUCCUCCAGUAUACCGUCUUUUUCCUCAGUCGAGACGUACGUAUUAAUCAGUUUCAGCUUCGAGCAUGUAACGUACCCCAAUUUCUCUACGGCAUGAAAUCUAUCGCUAUUAUGAAAUACUCGGUGAAGAACCUCUCUCCUCCACAGAGGCUUUGAGGAGCUACUGUAUUAAAAAUAUAUGCGCUAGACGGUAAUGUUACAGAGUUAUGCGCUAGACGGUAAUAUGUAACGAGGAAACCGCUAAAAUUCAGAACGCGGGCAAGGAGGGCGCAAGGGGGGGGGGCGAGGAAAGGGAAAGCCUCUGCCAGUUUUACUUCGAUUUCUUUCCCACAUGCUCGAAAUGUGGGACAUCAUAAAAUAUAUGUGCAAUCCGGGAGUUUUACUUUGUCUGGUUGUUUAAAGUGACUUCGUGUUUGAUUAGGAAGUGUUUAUUUGUAUAAUUUUAUUACCUACUGGUAGUCUGGACCCUCUGGUAGUUAUUUUGAUGGAAAAAUAUGCAAAUGAAGAUGUCGCUAUUAAAACAGUCGCUACUGGGACUGCUAGCGAUGACUGCGAUGUGGAUAUACUCAACGAUUCGCUUCAUAAUUUAUCUUUGGAAGGUAAGGUUUUGUUUAGUUUAUCGCGUUUUAUCCUUUAAUGUUAUUACAAAGAUUAUUUCAUCGUCAUUUUCGUUGUGAAGUUUAUAGUUCGAGGGUUUUUAAAUAUAAUGUAUAGUGUAUGUUGUUAAUAUUUACUUGGGCCAAAUAAAAAUAAUAGUUGGUUUCAGCCGGUUUCACAGCCAUGUUUUAUAUGGGUAGGUAGGUCGGAAAAACAUUUUAUUUUGAAAAAGUAUUUUAUCUCAAGUAUGCAAUAAAUAUAAGAUAGAACUCAUUAUAAACUCUUAGUUUUUAUUGUUUUAACGUCAGGUUUUCACCUGCAUACAUAUUAUAAAAACUUGACAUGCAAGGAAACGAGCAACAACUAAAUAUUUAAUGUCAACAAUGUUCAGUCUAAACGUUUAAAUGUCAAUAAAAUGUUCAUGGUCGGUCAUAUUUUUGACAGGUUGGUUGGAAACCUGAAACCAACUAUUAUUUUUAUUUGGCCUUGUGGAUCACACAAAAAUAAAUGACCUGUAUAUAUUUCCAUAGUAUGGAAAUAGUAUAGAUACACUAUGGAUUUAGUGAUGCAAUUGUAAAUUUCAUAUAUGAAUUUCACAUUUUUUCCCCAGUGGUAGUGCUUUUUAUAGUAAUUACAACACUGAACACUUUUAAAACUGCCAAGUCUUCCAUGACAGUGAACAGCACAAUUUUUAGCAUUUCAACAUCAAAGAAUAUGGGCCGUCAACACUUAACAUUAACUAUAUGGGCAGUUUGUUUGGUUAACCCAAUAACCCAUUGAGUGGCAGCAUUCUCCACUUGACGAGUAAAAUCGUCUGGUGUUUGACAGAGUAAAAUACUAAAAUAGGCUCAUCUAGACCCUCUACUUUUUCUUCCAUUUAGAGCCAGGAGAUCUUGAGCCAUUGGCCAGCAGCACUCCAGUUAAAGCCAAAAGAUCAGACUUAAGUCCAAGUGAGUUUGAACCACCUGCAAAAAGACUCCGUGGUGAAGGAUGCAAGAAAAGGCAGGAUAUUUUGCAAACACAAUUAAAGGUAGAGUUUGUAGAAAGCCCAGGAAAAAGAACAGAAAGGUCAGAAGUUAUGAGCUUUUUAGGAACUGAUAGCAAAAGUCUUGCAACAAGAGCUGUCAAGUCUGCCUUUACCAGUGCUACUUAUGAUAAGAGAAAGCAACAGUAUAGGAAUAUAAGAAAGUCAAUCUCAUUUGUUGUCGGUAGUGAAUCUAUUGAUGAAUCAGAUUUGCAAGUGAGCCAAAACACUGAAAUUUACAAUUUGCAACAAAAUGUUUUAACUUGUAAACAGAAAGCCAAAUUAAUUAUGGAUGACAUUUUGUCAAAUUCAUCAGUCAGUGAUAAUGUUUACCUGAGUACUCUUGUAAACAUGUACAACCAAGAAAUGGAAAGCAUUUCAAAAAUCACAGAUAGCAUUGAUGCUAUCUAUGAGCGAGAGUUAAAACUGUUGCUGCAAAGGGAAACUGAUAAGAAGAUAUCUGCUUCUGAAAGAUCCACUAUAGUCUUGGAAUAUGACAGGUUAUCUACUCUUGUAAACCUUGGUAUUUGAAGCGGAGUGAAUUCGCCAGAAGAACAAGUUACUGGAGAGACAUUCAAAAACUUGAAACUUGAUUUUGUCAGAGAAUGUCCAAUGUUAACCGAAAUUGUCCAGUGUCUAUUCCCUGAUACUGAGAUGACGGACAGAAAAUCAAAGUGUGCAGUACAUGCUCUUUCCUUACUUACUAGCUUACGUAAUCGACAUUGCAAAAAUGAUGUUACCUUGCUAUUUACCAUGAUGCUUGUUUCUUAUGGUGCUGGUUGCCGCAUGAUUAACAUAUUGAACAAAUGUGGCCUCACUAUUCACUGGGAUACAGUAAUGAACUAUCUUGAUAGUCAGCUUGAAAGAAAAAAGAAAUAUGUGACAAGUUUGACACCACAAGAAAUUCCUUUAUUGCUUCUUAUGGAUAAUGUAAAUAUUUAUCGUGGCAACAAGAGGCACCACAGAUUAUACAAAGCAUAUGGUGAUAAUAUGUGGAACUUCACUGUCAGAGGACUUUUAGUCCCCCAUCUCGAAGGGAUACAAGAUCUACUAUCAUCAAGAGAAACUGCUGCUGAAAGUCAGCAUGAU